GGGUUAGGUGUCGAGUCCAAGCUACACCGCUAGACUGGCAAAACUUAACAUUAAAAAAAUAAUAACUUUUUUAACCAAAUGAAAUGCUUGAGCAGCACACUGUAAGGACCUCUGGAAAACAAGUAUAAGAGGUGUGAUUAUGGAUACUGAGAAGCUUCUGUUAAGUGUGAAGAAGGAUGUUCGCGCUCUCCUCGUUUCCUCCAAGCAAGGUCUUUCUCCAGAAGAGCUCAGGAAGGAUUACCAGAACAUGCUGGGCCACCCCAUUCCUCUCAGGGUCCUUGGUUUUCACUCUGUGCUGGACAUGGCCAAGGAAAUGGCCGAUACUUUGCAUUUGGAUUAUAACCUCGAUGGCACAGUAAUGUUAAAAGCAAUUUUCGAUGAGAACACUAAAGACAUGGAAGAGCUCAUCUCCAAGCAGCGGAACCGGAAGCAUAAACCCAAGUCGAAAAGUGGUGGCACCGGUUUUUUCUCAUCACAUUCCCAUCACCAACACUCAUUUGUCUUUGCUCGUCGAGGCCAGGCUCCCCCUGCUCUCCCUGCUCAACUGCGCUCACAGUUCAGGCAGUUACUUGCACACGGGCCCAUAGGGCUCACUGACCUUGAGAGGUGCUAUGCAGUCCACUUCGGAAAGCCUCUCUAUGUCACUCACUAUGGUUUCUACUCCAUCUCUGAGAUGCUGGCCGCUGCCGCGGACAUGAUCACAUUGAAGCAGACUCGUAUGGGGUCACAGCUGAUACUAAAGACUGAAAUCACACCAGUGAAACAGAAGCUCAGUAAUACAGAUGCACUACCUGAACAGUCUGCAGGAAUAUCCAGUAGCUCAGUACUGCAAGACACAGCACAGUUCAACAACGUUCAGCCUGGAGACCAGCACAAAUCCGAACAGACUGCAGCCAGCAGAGUACAGGAAAUGAAACCUGCCACUCUUUUAAUGGAACAAAAGUCCUUUGAGAAGUCUGUUGCAAAGCUUGAGGAGGAGUUGAGGAAGAGAAUUCUUGAACAUGGAGAGUCAGGCACGGUCAGUCAGGAACUAAAGGACAAGCUUCGAAAGGUUGUUGCUGAGCACAGUCAAGGCAUGGCCAUUCACAACCUUCCUACAGAGUACAAGAAAAUGUAUGGUGAGGACUUGCCCCUGGCUCAGUGUGGCUUCGUGAGUGUCACUGAGAUGGUUGGAGCACUCAGCGACAUGUUCGGUGUUCAGCCAAGCACUGAGGAAGGAGCAAAGGACUUGCACAUCAUGGAGCUCAAACCCAAUGCUCAACCAGAAGGACACUACUUCAGCUGCAGUGAGACAGCCUGGGAUUGUCAGGGUGAUGGAGGAGAGUCCACAGAGUCUUUAGACUCCACCCUUGAGAUCGAAAUCACCAACAAGGUCAUCCAUCAGACGGUGAACAUUUUACCAGUGACGGGUCUGAGCCGGGGCGGCAUUGUUCCUCUGGAUGCAGUGCGGUGCCAAAAGCUGAAACCUCCCACUCGCAGGAGAGUCAGGGACCUGGUGGCAGUCGUGGUGGAAAGGAUUGAGUCACCCAGCCACUUUUACAUCCGCUUUGAUGAAGACCAAGUGGCCCGUACCCUAGAGAACAUGAUGUUUGAAAUGAGGAGCUGUUAUUCCUGCACAGAGGUGGCUGAACGCUACCAGCUCCCAGAUGCAUAUGUGCGACCUGGACAGGUGUGCUGUGUGGCCCCAGGAGACGUGUGGUUCUACCGGGUGGUGAUACACCGAAUCCUCAGUGCCACAGAGGUGGAGGUGUACUACGCAGACUUUGGAGACCUUAAUGUUGUCAGCAAAAACAAACUAAAAUUCCUGAAGUCAUGCUAUGCUGAGCUUCCGGCACAAGCUGUUCCAUCUGUACUUGUUGGAGUGAGGCCAGUUAAGAGUAUUUGGUCUAAAGAAGCCACCAGCUUGUUUCAGAAGCUGUGCUGUGACCACACCCUGGUGGCUGCUGUUCACAGCUACCAACACGACUUCCUGCUGCUUUUCUUGUGUGACACUCACACUGAGGAGGACCUCUACAUCCAUAGUAAACUUCAGGCUGAGGGUCAUGCUGUAGCCUGUGCUGCCAAUGACACGCUGGUGUCACAGCAGUUUAGCCCUGUGACUCUUUACUUCGGUGACGGCCAACUGGAGGAAGUAAAGGAACAUUUAAGAGCAGUGACUUCUCCUUGUGUCACAAACAGACAAAACCUUACACUACAGCUUCAGCAAGAUUCCUUCACAGUACCCAGUCAGCAUUUGAAAGAUGGUAUAGAGAAUCAGCAGCAAGAAAUGGAUCUUCUGGAUCUUCCUGAGCUGGAAUUCAUUGAUGUGGGUCAGGGAGAAAAUUCUAACCCAUUUGAGUCACUGCUGAAAAAAGAUCCAGAAAGCUUUGGUAACUGGGAUCAGGGAUGGCCAAACGAGGCCAGUGCAGAUGAUGAGUCAAAACUUCUUCAGAAUGGCCAAGAGGAGAGUGCAAAAACUGCAUUGCUGUCACCUGUUCCGUUUAUUAAACCGGACAUUGAAACACAGCCUGUUUUGGAGAGUAAGCACACUCAGAAGCCUGCAUCGUCCCCACACACACUCCUUGAUCAAACUCCAGGCCUGAUCCGCAGCUGCAGCCACCACACAGACAAGUCUGCUGAAUUGUUCCAGCCUCUGCCCUCUCGCCCGCUGAUGUUUUCUAUGUUCAGCUCUGGAGACAGGCUGGCUCAGGAUGCCCUCUUUCUCCGUCACACAUCUCCUCUUGCACUGAGCCCCUCAGCCCGCAUGGCAGCCGGACCCAGCCUCCUCCACUGGUACAAACAAACAGGUUUAAACAACCUGGCUGCCCCUACUGGUGUCUGCCCAAACUUACCUUAACCAGCUACAGAUUAUUGUUCAGAGCUAUGCUGACUUUUGCUGAUGUACCUCUGAAAGUUUUCAGUGUUUUGUUGUAUGUUGAAUGUAGGUUUACAUUUUUCUUUUUAUGUUAUUUGAAACAAAUUCUGAAACAAUUUUGAGAGUUAAGUGGAAUAUUGUUUGUGAAUUAUAAAUGAUUUAAAGCUAAUGCUGUCUCUCAGGUUGAUUUAUAAUUAAGUUUAUUAGUGUUUGUCAGGUAAAAUUCUGAACUGAUGUUUUAAAUAAAGUCGC